CCGUUUGUUGUCUAUAUAAAAUUACAACUUUGGAAAUUAAAUCACAGUUUGAAUCGUCUUGUUAAACGUACUUUAGAUUUGCAACUCGUAACAGAACAGAUAAAGGAAAGAAAACUCGAUACAGAAGCGAUUAAGCGAAAUGUCCCUCCCCACUUUCCUAUUUCUAUUUAUUCUAAUUUUAACUUGUUCAGCAAAUCCUAUUAAAUUAAUUAGUUCCAAUAAAUAUUGCAUUAUCGGUGGACAAAAUGCUAAAGAAGGACAAUUUCCACAUCAAAUUUCAAUCAUGUAUUUUUUUUGGCAUGUUUGUGGUGGAGCAAUUAUUCAUAAAAAUUGGGUUUUAACAGCCGCGCAUUGUGUAAGCUUGAAUAUUAAUAUUGCAUACAUAAAAAUUUCAGCUGGUCAUUUGGAAUAUUUAAAAGGAACAAAAUAUGAUGUAGAAAAAAUUAUCAUACAUGAAAAAUAUGAAAUAUAUUCCGAUAAAAGAAUAUCAAAAUAUGAUAUAGCAUUAUUGAAAAUCCCAGGAAAUGGUUUUAAUUUAGAUGAUCCUCAUAAAAUUUCUAUAAUUGAAUUAUUAACUGAAGAAAUUCCAUCUGGAAAAUUAUUAUCUAUAUCUGGAUGGGGUUAUAUAAGUCUAACUGAUGACACGCCAAAUACUUUACAGUUUACUAAUAAAACAUGGGUUGAAACAUCUAAGGAAUGCAAAGAAAGAUAUCCCGAUUUAUAUUAUGACGGUUUAAUUUGUUUAGGACAUCUGUUUUUUAAUGGUGCCUCUCAAGGUGAUAGUGGUGGUCCAGCACAUUAUUUAAAUAAAUUAGCUGGAAUUGCAAGUUUUGGUGAUCGUUAUUGUCUACCACAAAAUCCAACUGGUUACACAAAAGUAAGCUAUUUUGUAUCAUGGAUUAAGUCAAAAAUAAAUUAAGAAAAAUGUAGUUUGAAACAUAAAUAGCAAUUGAAAUCGAAAUUGGUAGUUUUGAAAAUAAUAAAAUCGAUCUCAAGUUAAUAAAAUGUCAU